CUCCCGCGACAUCUCCAAUCAAACCACACACUCUGUGACUCUCACUCACCUCCUCAGCUUCAUCGAUGAAGAAUUCUUCUGCUGAUUUGUGUCUCAUUCUGACGCAAUGACCUACAAACUCCCCCUCCGGUCUCGCCGUCGUCCCCGCUCCGGCGCCUACUACGCCUGCGCCGUCGGAUCCGCCGUCGUACUUCUCCUAUUUUUCUCUGUUUCCCUUCUCUACUCCCGCCUCUCACUCUCUCAUCCCCACCAUUCCCUCCUCAUCCGUAACCGCAACAGGAACCCUUCCUCCGAAUACGACGACGUUUCCCUAACUAACCCUCUCAUAUCCGAUAUCGUUUCCCAAGAGGACGACGCCAUCGCCUCUGCCGAGGAUCGCAUUGACGAGCUCGACGACGUCGUUGAGGAGACUUCGCCCAGGGAAGAGGAUUUGGAAGAAGACGACGAUUCAAGUCCUGUGAAGAAAUCCAAUCGACCUAGGGAUUCUGGUUAUUUCUACGAUCACGUGAACGGCGUGAUUCGGAGGGCUUUCAGUCGAAGAUCGAUCGAAGAUUGGGAUGACGAAAAUUUUGGGUUUAAUGUGGGAUUGAUGACAGAGGAUCAGAGUAAGGUUGCGUUUGGAUCCGACGAUGUUCCUGUGGACGAAGCUGUGAGAAGGAAGGCGAGCGAGGUGGCAAGUAUUGAGGAUGCGCUGUUACUGAAAGUGGGUGGGAGGGUUUCUCCGUUGAGGGACGGUUGGGGAGAAUGGUUCGAUAAGAAGAGCGAUUUUUUGAGGAGGGAUCGGAUGUUCAAGUCCAAUUUGGAGGUUUUGAAUCCGUUGAAUAAUCCAGUUUUGCAAGACCCUGAUGGAUUGGGACUCACCACUCUCACUAGGGGCGAUCGUUUGGUUCAGAAAUUGAUCUUGAAUGAUUUUAAGAGAGUUCCAUUUCUAAUGAAGAAGCCACUGGGAGUAAAUUCAGUUUCAGGGGUUUCUCUCAAAUCCAGAGUUAAUGAAAAUGGUGAUGAGAAUGUCUCAGGAAGGGUUGUCUUGUCCAGAAGUGAGACUAAGAGAGGUUUAGAUGUAGUUCUGGGAAGUGGAUCGGUUAGGAAGAAGGCCGUUAAUGGAAGUUCGGGUUUGGACUCAAAUGGGAUCGAGAGGAAAUCAGAGUUUUCGAGUCAUAUUUAUGCUGAUGGCAAGAGAUGGGGUUACUAUCCUGGUUUGCAGCCGUAUCUGUCUUUUUCGGAUUUCAUCGAUGAAUUUUUCAAGAUAGGCAAGUGUGAGAUGAGAGUUUUCAUGGUGUGGAAUUCUCCACCAUGGAUGUAUAGUGUUAGGUACCAAAGGGGACUCGAGAGUUUACUCUAUCAUCAUCGAGAGGCCUGCGUUGUUGUGUUGUCAGAGACCAUUGAACUUGAUUUCUUCGAAGAGAGCUUUCUAAAGGAUGGUUAUAAAGUUGCUGUUGCUAUGCCAAAUCUGGAUGAACUGCUGAAGGAUACACCGACCCAUGUAUUUACUUCUGCCUGGUUCGAAUGGAGAAAGACCAAGUACUAUUCUACUCAUUAUAGUGAGCUUGUCCGGCUUGCUGCACUGUACAAAUAUGGUGGAAUAUAUCUGGAUUCUGAUAUCGUUGUUUUGAAACCCCUAUCUUCACUUAGCAAUUCUAUUGGAAUGGAGGAUCCAGUUAAAGGAAGCUCUUUGAAUGGUGCUGUGAUGCUGUUUAGAAGGCACAGUUGCUUUAUAAUGGAGUGCAUGAAAGAGUUCUAUAUGACAUAUGAUGAUACCCGCUUGAGAUGGAAUGGGGCGGAGCUUUUGACCAGAGUUGCAACUAAAUUUUCAGAAAGGGAGAGAAAUCCCAUUCAAGAGCUAGAGUUGAGAGUACAUCAUUCUCCAAUUUUCUUCCCUGUUGGCUCUCAGAAUAUAACAAGAUACUUCACUGCACCAACAACAGAGACUGAAAAAUUUGAACAAGAUUCUUUGUUCAAAAAGAUUCUUGAAGAGUCUUUGACAUUUCACUUUUGGAAUAGCUUAACGUCUGCUCUCAUUCCAGAACCUGAUAGCCUUGUGACAAGGCUUAUUGACCACUACUGUAUCCGAUGCUCUGAUGUGUUGUGAACUCACUUUAUACUUGGCCAUUUUCUCUAGGAUGGUAACAAAGAAGGUAUUAAACCACCCAAAAUUACAAAUAAGAAUCUCUUUAACAUCUAUAGAAAAGAAAAGGUUGAGGCAUUAGUCUGUUUUGAUGAGCUGAACCCUAGAGUUGGUGACACAAUAUCAUCUUGGGCUGUUGUAGUUCUGUAUCUUUGUAUGUUCACUCCCAUAAAGUACAGCUUUUCCUCGUAUGUAUGUUGUUUUAAGUUGUCUAUACGUUGGAAGAUGUCUCUUCGCUCAAAUUCUUGUGGAGGUUAGUUACAUUUCUAUACCAUUGGUCUACCGGCUUUUGCAACCAUUUUUCGGAUGAGGGCUUGGGAUAUUUCCUGUCCCUCGACCAGUUGGACAUGUCCACUGGCAUAUGGAUCAAGAUAUGUAUUUGUGCAGCAUGCUGCAACAGGAGGUGCUGGUUAUGAACGCUUGAUUAAUUAACAUGGCUUAUUGGCCAUUACAUCUCAACCCUUGAUUUGCUCGUUUUUAAAGAAAGACCAAGAGCAUGUGGUGUAUUGUUUUUUUUUUCAUUGCUGUCUUACAAAUAUAUUUGUACAUCAGAAUCAACUGUUCGGAGUCAAUAGAAUCCAUAAUAUAUGUUCGUUGCUGUAAGUUUGAAGACAAUUCAUUUGUAAUACAUUUACGAGAAUUUUUUUGCAAUAAAUUUGGAAACACAGAAAAAUAUAUCUUUGUGAGA